CCCACGGUUGCCCGGGUGACUGUUCGGCAGCAUCGGUGGGGGCAGUUAAGCUAAGGAGACUAAGGUGGAGGUCCGUAAAGGAAGCCCCAGUCCCACUAGGCUUCAGCGGCGGCUAUCCAUGGCUCAUGAAGGCUCGAGAGCCGGCAGAGACCGAGGGCAGUCCAGGGCCAAGGCAGAGAAAGUUCGCCCCCCUACAGUGCCUGUGCCCCAGAUAGAAAUUGUGCCUGGCCGUCUGAACGAAUCCGAAUGGAUCUCACUUAUGGGCAUUGAGGAGGGUGAGGAUGUGGUAGGGGAUGUCUUGGCUGAACUGCUGGCCCGUGUGAUGGAUGCUGCCUUCAAGGUCUACCUGACCCAGCAGUGCAUCCCAUUCACCAUCAGCCAGGCCAGAGAGGCCAUGUUGCAGAUCACUGAGUGGAGAUUCCUUGCGAGGGAUGAGGGUGAAACAGAUGUGGCUGAAGACCCCACAUGGGGGGAGGAUGAGGAGCCUAGGGCCAGCACCACAGACACCUGGGCUCAAGGCUCUGUGCCUGUGCUGCAUGCGCCUUCCCCUGCUAUUCCUACAGGACUCGAAUCCUCCUCCCAACCUGAGGGCACUGAGAGUGGGGAUCAGCUCUCCAUGUAUCAGAAGACUUGGAUUUCAGUCCCUGAGGAUCAGAGCUUGUCUUUCUGGGAACCUCCUGAGUUGAGGCCCACCCCAGGUCCCCCUCCAACACCAGAACCCUCUUCACAUAGCCCCCAACACUUUGCCCAUCCCUGUCAAAAUUCAGUCCCUCUCCUGAGCAGUUUUCCUUCUCUGGAUCUUUCCAUAUGGGAGAGUUCCCAGUUUUCUUUGGAAGUGGGCAGCUCAGUGAGCCCACAUCCUUCUCUAGAUGUGUCCAUAUGGGCAAGUCCUCAGGCAUCCCUAACUUCACAGCCUGGUUAUAUUCCAUCUCUUUCACAGAAUCCCCAACCCCCUUUCCAUUGCACUGGGGGCGGGGACAGCUCAAGCCAAGUGAGGGAGACAGGUUUACCUUCCCCCUACUAUCUGUCAGUGCCUCUUCCGCCAUUCCUGGCUAGCCCUCCCUGGGGCCUCCCCAGAGCCCAGCCUGUCCCAGCCCCCAAAACUUCACUAACUCCCGCAUUGCUCCCUGCUGCUUCUGCCAAAUUCAUGCGCUUACAGCAGGGGCGGUCAUACCUAGCCUCGGGUCUGGUGUAUGACCAGAUGGGACGGAUCGUAGCCAUGGAUCCACUGGAUCCUACCCGUCUGCCACAGCACCACAUUCAGCCCUUGGCCACAGUUUUGGCCGCUGAGGCAGAGGUCCACCCAAUGGAGUCCUACAGGGGACAAAGGAAGCAUGUCAAUUAUGGGAACAAGUUCAGAUUCCAGCUUCCCAGUUGCCCCGGACCCCGCCUCCAUCCUGGUUUUCCCUUCCCAGCCCCUGGCUUUGAGCUGCCCCUCCAGAACCAGUGCUUCACUCCUCUGAAGUGGGGGUCUAGCAUCCAGUGGCCUUAUGGAUUAGAGGGAGAAACAGAUCUGUUGCAGAGGCAGCCACUAGGUUCAAGUCUGAUUCCAGGGGCGGGGUCAGGACAGAUGCCGAGGUCUGAUCUGAGUCUGCUUCCUCACCAUGGUUCAAGAGUCCUUGAAGCCACCUCCCAGCUGAUAUGGAAACCUUCCCAACUGCUGGACUCGAUGAAACUGAAGGCUCAUGUGAGCCUCUGGAAUCCAAGCAAAAACAUGCACCGAAGUGGUGGUAUUCCUUCCCACAUGGAGAGAGAGCAGACCCCUGAUCCACUGCCUAAGGAGCCUUCUGAACAGCAGCCCAUCCAAACCCAUGCACUUAACCCUCAGGUCACUGUGGCUCAGCUGCUGAAGGGCUCUCCACCCAAAGUUCGGGCCCUUCCCUCUCAGGACACAGUCAGCACCACCCUCCCUAAGGAGUCCUGAAUGAAGAAAGGCUGUGAGUCUUACCAUGACGUUCCCACCCCACCCAGCAACACUCUGAAAUCCAAAUCCCCACUGCGCCUCCUUCCUUGCAAUAAAUACUUGUGGGACCCUAAA